GAAAUAAUAAUUUUUUGUAUUUACAAUGGCCGACGAAGUAAUUAUUCUCAAUAGACUUGAAAAGGUUAAAGAGAUUAGGCAAAAGACACUGUCUUUAGAAAAAUUGCGGUCUAGAUUGCGCCAAGAAAUAGAGGCAACUGAAACCGAAGAGAAAUGUUUGGAAGAGUACAAAAGGGAGAUGGAACUUUUGCUCCAAGAGAAAAUGGCUCACGUUGAGGAGCUGAGACUUAUUCAUGCUGACAUCAACCUGAUGGAAACAACAAUCAAGCAGGCAGAGGAGGAAAGAACUAAAUCGUACGAGACUGCAAAAAGGUUAUAUGAGGAGUGUCGCCCAUUGAAAGAGGAAAUAAAUGUCCUGCGUAUGAGAGCUGGCCUUGAUAUACAAUCUGAUGUUGUGGAAGAAAGUGAAAAACUUAAACCAGAGUAUUUUGAGAAGCCGCAAACCUCCGAGUGGAACACAGAGCCGUCAGAGCCACCCAUUCCUCAGACGUUGGCGGUCGCUGCAGCUGCUGCACACCAGAUCCAAGUUCCACGCAACAAGAAUGACAGGCAAGCAUUCAGACAGCAGCCUCCUCCCAUGAAGGCCUGUCUGUCAUGUCACCAGCAAAUUCACAGAAACGCCCCGAUAUGUCCUCUUUGUAAAGCUAAAAGUCGAUCACGAAAUCCUAAACGGCCGAAGCGUAAAGCUGAUGAGUAAAUUUAAAAAAUCAUUCCAUUUUUUUACAGUUUAGGUUGAGAGAGUUUUAUCAAUUAACCCAGCUCUGUAAAUGUGUAAAAAUAUUAUGUGUGAAUAUCCAAUUCCAUUUAUUUCAAAAACAUUACCAUUCAUUUCUUAGAACUAAAUAUUUAUAAGUUUAAUUUACAGGUUGCAAACUUAUGAAUAUUAUAAUUGUCAAAAAAUAAUUGUCUAAGUAUUGCAUAGCAAAGAAGAGAAUGAAUCUCGAUUUUCUAAAUGUUUUCUAUAAAUGUCCAGUAGGUAGUUGUUGAUCUGUUUUUAGUUCUUGAAAACAUACAUUUAAACACCAGUCAUUGGUAUAAGUAAAAAAAAAAAAACCCAUAAUUUUUACUUUGCAUAUGUUUUAAGUAGUAAAGUAAAAGUUUGUUGAGAAUCUGUUUUUGUCAUCAUUAAAAUGUUGUUAUUGUAACCAUUACCUAUAUCUCUAUUGUACAUUUUUUCUUUCAAGACACCACCCCCGAUUGGUGCUUCAGUGUUGUACUGUAUUAGCAAGCAUUUUUAUAAAUUUGUGUGAUUUUUAUAAUGUAAAAGCUAUUUAUAGGAUGUGCAUAUCAUGUAGAAUAAAUAUCUUGAUGUAAAUAUCAAGUGUUUGAUUGCAAUCAGUAUUGAGUACAUGACAUCCAUGGUAAAUGACAUUUAAAAGCAAUGUCAUCAUUGUGUAUGACAAGUCUGACAUAUCUCCACUACUAUUCUGAUCUGUAUUAUGUUGCAUUGGUCAUCAUCAUUUUACCAUUAGUCUUAAAUAACAUUUUCUGCUACAUAUUGUAUCAUCUGUAUAACUAGACUGCUGAAAUUUGUGUAUUAAGUUGCAAUACAUGUAAACAAUUGUUGAAUAUUUUUACUAAAUUGUUCAAUAAUUGAAGUU